GAGGCCGUGCCGGGCCAGCCCACAGCGGCCACACUCUCCCGAGUCCCGACCACACCACCACCCGGAGGAAGAGACGCACGCCUCCCCAGCUCGGCUCCGACCACCAUGGCCUCCGCCUCCGCCUCCGCCUCCUCCGCGUCGCCCCGCACCGCGCGGCAGCUCGCCGACGCCCUCACCGCCCACCUUUCCCUCUACCACGCCGCGAGCCCCCCUCCCCCGGCGCCGCCCCCGCGCGCCGCGAUCCUCCGGUGGCUCGCGUCCCUCUCCCCGUCCUGCCGCGCCGCGGCGGCCACCUCCCUCCUCUCUCCGGCGGCGGCGGGGGCGCUGCUCUCCAUGCUCCGCCGCCUCCGCCUCCGCGGCCACUCAUCCUUCUUCGUGCUGCAUCCCUCAUCCAGCUCCGCGGCGGCCGAGCCGCCCGCCGUGCUCUCGCGGCUCUCGCGGGGCCUCCUCGCCCGCGCCGCGGAGGCCUCCCGCGGGCACGGGCUCGUCUUCGACCACCUCCUCCUCUUCCCUUCCUCCCCUGCGUCGUCGCGCCUCGACGCGAUCACGGUCGCGGAGGCCCUCCUCGGCGACCUCGAUGCCUUCGUCGCGGCCAUGGACGAGAUCUCGGGCGGGAAGUUCCUGUGCUGUGGUGACGGGGAGGUGGACCUGACCGCAUUGGCAGCCGAAGAAUUCCCGGAGCUGCCCUGGCUGCAGGCCAAGGGGUACUACGUGGUCGAGGAGUUCGUGGGCAAUUGGGUGGAGAUCGCGCUGCGGAUGUCGUGGGCGGCGGCGGCGGCUGGGGGAGGAGGUGGAGGUGCGGGCAGGAAGGCGGUGAGGGUUGGGAAGGGCGUCAAGGAGAAAGCUGGGUUGGCAGCAAAUGCGUUCUGGAGGGGGAAGGGGUAUGUGGAUUGGUGGAUGAGGCUGGAGCCGAGGGUGAGAGCAAGGAUCAUGGGGGCAUUCUUUGGGAAAGGCACAACAGCACUGGCUAAUGAGAUCAUUGAAGGAACAGAUAUUGCUCCUAGCGACAAAUUCAGUUUCUGCUUAGGUGAACCAGGGUCAUUUGUUGCAGAGACUUCUUAUGAAAGCACACGGCAGUCAUUUUUCAGAAGGAAUCGACCUUGUUGCCUUGAUGUUCCAAGCAUUCUGUCUUGUAAGAAGAAUCCCAUUUUCGUGAAAGAAUUGCAAAGGUUGAUGCUGGUUCAGGAGAUAGUGUACAUGAAGAGCAAUAUUUCUAACCAUAGUGGUGAUGCAAUCUUUUUCACUACAUUAAUGUCAGCUGGUACUGUUGCUGAACAUAUAUUCAUGAAAUUACGAGGAAUUCUCAUGGUGGUGUCGACGGAAAGUAUAAACCUUGAACUCAUUGGGGAUAGAGCACCAAAAGCUGCCAAAAAGAAAGAUGUUGAAAAGAUCAAUGGUGGUUCUAGAAAAGGAAAGAAGAAGUCCAGUAGCUCAAAAAAGCUAACAACAUCUUCUAAGCAAAUCAAGGACAUCGGAUGCAGUAGCUCAGAUAGUCAUGAUCCCAAGGUUUUGCAAAAUCAACAGAGUCCAUCAGUUGUGGGCACUGCUAUUGAACAUGUAACUGAAGAUAAUCCUUUCAAGGAAAUUGCAUCAACACCAAAGGUGGAGCAAACUGUUGGGUUGGGUGACUGCAAGAACCAGUGUAACAACAAAAAGAGAAAUAAGCGUAAAGGAAAAACAAAGCUCUCUAAUCUGAUGAGAGUUGAGAACCCUGGAUCUGUCACAUUAAAGUCAGAUUCUCCUCAUGUUGCUAAAGAAGCUACAGAAGCUCCAAAUAAACCUGUGGAAGUACCACAAGUCUCAACAGUGAGUUGCUGUGACUCCUCCAUUGCACUUAAUGGGGCUAAUGCAAAAGGCAUUGGAAACGCAAAACUGGAAGACACCUUCAACUCUCCCAGAGUCAGUUCAUUGUUAACUACAGAAUGUUCUCAGAGUGUGAAUGCAUCUGAUGGCUUUAGCAUAAACGAGCAGGUCAUACCACACACUAGCCAAACUGAAUCUACACCCCAACAAUCGCCUUGUUUACCUCCCAGAAGUGAUACUGUGGAUUGUAACUCUGUAGUGGCAACUGAAAAAAUAUUUCCACCUGUUAUUCCUGCUAAUAUGUUUCACGGUGCUAUAAGCGACAAUGGCGCGGUAAUGAAAAAUGGCGGAGGUGAAUAUUAUGUCUACAACAGAAAUACACUGGGUGGAACAUCAUAUGAGUGGCCUAAUGUAACACCACCUCAUCUUGUUUCUCCAGAAAUGCAACAGCGCCCUGCUACAACAGAUAGGUUGCAUCUUGAUGUUGGUUACAGAUGGCCAACUCAAUUUGAACAGCCUUUCCUUCCUGCCAAUCAUCAGAUGAGAAAUCCGCCAGUUGAAGCUGGAUGCAAUCAAGUGCUGUCCUCUCUGGCAGUGCCCUUAAGUUUUGAUUGGCCUCCUGUUUUCAGAGGUUACGGUAAACUGAGUCAAAACAAUGCAUUAAGCUAUGAUCCAUUAUAUACCCCACAGAUGCAAUCUUCUGCUUGGUCAGGGUUUCAUGCUCCACUAAUUCAAAGAGGCAGUGUUUGCAGUGAGAAAGAUAGGAAAUAUUUUGGUGACAGUGAUGCAAGAAACAAAUCAGAUGUUGGGGAUGAUACUGAAAGCUACUGGUUUUCUGAAGAAGAAUCUGAUGGCCGUGCACAUUCUGGAAGAGAUAUUAAUCAAUAUUUUGGGGGAGGAGUUAUGUAUUGGAGUCCUGCAGAGCAUGCUGGAACAGGUUUCUCUAGGCCACCAUCUCUUAGCUCAGAUGACAGUGCAUGGGCUUGGCAUGAGGCAGAUGUUAGUCAAGUUGUUGAUGACAUACCUCUUGGGAUUCCUUGUACAUACAAUGCAAAUGGUGUAUCAUCACCGCCUUCCACUUCAAUAUGUUCCCAAAGCGAAUCUCCAGAUCCUCUCCCUCAGUCUGUUGGCCACUCAAUGACAGCAAAUGGCAUGAACAGUGAAUCCUUGCAGUCUCCAUCUGUCAUGCAAGACAGUCCAGAGGAUAAAACUAUUUCAGUUUCAAAGAGUGUAUCUAGUGGCAGUGAAGUAAUAAAGGGAGAUACAUUGCCAUAUGCAAUGCUGCGACCAAUAAUUGUUCCAAUAUCACGAAGACCAUCAAGAUCUGAAUUUAAGGGUGGUCAUGAUCACAGGAGCCCAUGUGUGCCUUCAAACAGGAGGGAUAUCCCUCUUGUACGGAGGCCUCCAUCACCAGUAGUACUUAGUGUUCCUCGAGUUCCUCGGCCACCGCCUCCUUCUCCUGUGGGAGAGUCACGGAAACGGGGAUUCCCAAUUGUUAGAUCUGGCAGCUCAAGCCCAAGACAUUGGGGGAUGAGAAGUUUGUUUACCGAGGACAAAAUUUUAAACAGAGCUCAGUUUUGCUUGGAUGGUCCUGAAGUCGUAUGGCCUUCAUGGGGAAAUAAAGGAAGUUCUGCUGGUACAAUGGGGCAAUCAAUUGAGGAUACUGUCUUGCAGGAUCACCUUGUUAAGAUUUCACAGCUUUCUCGUGAUCAACAUCCAGAUGUUGCGUUGCCUCUGCAACCACCAGAUAUGUUAAAUUGUUCAUCUAACAAGGGAUCCCUCUCUUUGAUGCACAAUGCACUACAUGAAGAGAUAGAUCAAUUCUGUAAGCAGGUUUCUGCCGGGAAUCUGGUAAGGAAGCCCUAUAUAAAUUGGGCUGUCAAAAGGGUCACACGGUGUUUGCAAGUUCUCUGGCCUCGUUCCCGUACAAAUCUAUUUGGCUCAAAUGCCACUGGUUUGGCUCUUCCAACAAGUGAUGUAGAUCUUGUAAUUUCUCUUCCACCAGUUCGAAAUUUGGAACCUAUAAAAGAAGCUGGGAUUUUGGAAGGCAGGAAUGGCAUCAAGGAAACGUGUCUCCAGCAUGCAGCAAGGUGUCUUGCAAACCAGGACUGGGUUAGGACUGAUUCCCUCAAAACAGUUGAAAACACAGCGAUACCUGUGAUCAUGCUUGUAGCUCAAGUGCCUUGUGACACAAAUUUAUCCAGUGAGUAUUCUUCUGUUCUGGAUAGCUCACCAGAUCAAUUAUCCAUCAAUGUGCUUGGAGAUCAAGGGAGCCCUCCUCGUUCUGACAAUUCUAGUUCAGAAGGUAGCAGCAUGCCUUUGUGUUCAAGAGCAAACAAGGAUGACGGCAAUGUUGUGCAGUCAAUUCGUCUUGAUAUAAGUUUCAAAUCUCCAUCCCACACAGGACUCCAGACGACUGAGUUGGUCCGUGAAUUAACUCAGCAGUUUCCUGCUGCCGUGCCUCUUGCCUUAAUACUGAAAAAGUUUUUGGCUGACCGGAGUUUGGAUCACCCAUAUUCUGGUGGUCUAAGUUCUUACUGUUUGGUGCUAUUAAUUGUUCGUUUUCUUCAGCAUGAGCAUCAUCUUGGUCGGCCCAUUAACCAGAAUCUGGGAAGCCUUUUGAUGGAUUUCCUAUACUUUUUUGGGAAUGUAUUUGAUCCACGUCAUAUGCGUAUCUCCAUCCAAGGAAGUGGCAUUUAUUUGAACCGAGAAAGAGGUCACAGUAUUGAUCCAAUCCACAUUGAUGAUCCUCUUUGCCCUGCUAAUAAUGUUGGCAGGAACUGUUUCCGCAUUCACCAAUGUAUCAAGGCUUUUGCCGAUGCUUUUACUGUUCUAGAAAAUGAGCUUCUGCAGUUCAGUGCAGAAAGUGACACACCUGCGUCAUCAUUCAACCUACUGAAAAAAAUAAUGCCAAGUAUUGAUUCUGAUGAGCUAUAGAGAUGAGAAGAGCCUAGGAAUUCCACACACUACAAGCAAUGUUGGGCUGGAAUGGCCUGUACCGCGCACUGGACAUUCAGAAUGGUUAUAUCAGUUAUUCAGAAAAGCUGGGGAAGCCUUGAAAUGGCUAAUUCAGGAACACGAAGGUGCGGGCCCAGAACACAUAUUCAGGGAUAGUUGUUUCCUACUCCCAAAGUGACAGCGGGCUUCACCACUUGGGUUCAGAAAUGAACUCGCUCCUGUUGUUCGACAACAAGGAUCAGAGAUCAGCAAACCUGUUCGAAACUACACAUCAUGAGCCGCAUGGUGGGAUAGGUUGAACCAUAACAACAGGUUGAGGCAGUUGGACGAUGACCGUCAUGAAAUACCCGUCAACAACUAAUGGGAGGAGGUUUAUAUGGAGACACUCUUCGGCAGCUCGAUCAACUCGUGGAAGAUGAAAA